UAUUAGAAGAAAUAUCCAAACUCAUGCUACUAGUCUUAGCAAAGUUUAAACGUUUCCUUCCCACUUUAAUUACUUUUGUUUCCACAUAUUAAACAAGAAACUAAUUGAAUUUGAACUUUCCAUUCUAACUCUUCUCUCUAUAUCUCAACCACCUCACUCCUAAUUUGAAGCUUAAAAAGCAGUCAGUACCAACCUACCUUCUGGUUCAACCUCUUCCUUUAUCUCAUUCUUUCUGUUACACUGCAGAUUCCCUAAACCACUAGCUCUUCUCAUCCAUCAUCAUCCGCAUUCAACAAGAGAUGAAAGGCAUAGACAUCUUCUGUGCAUCACAGGCCUCAACAGCCAUAUGUCUUGGCAUGGAUCAACCCUCUUCUUCAUCUUCCAUUUCCAUUUCCAACACUGCUCAAUUUGGUGGCAGAGCAAUUGACCGCCACAACCCCAUCAUCACAGAUCCUAGAAGAACCCCCUCAAGAGACCUCAUUUCCCCUUGCUCUUCUUCUCUGUCCCCCAUUGACCCCAAACCUUUGCAUGAUCAUCUCCAAAAGGCCAAGAAAAACUCCACUUCCAAGCCAAGUGGCCAGAAGAAGAAGAAUGCUUCAAAGGGUCAUGAUCAGAAGAAGAAAAGUGCUGCUGGAAAGUUGACUGAACACAUCACUAACAAUUACUCCUCAAAACCAAUUGAUAGCAUUCUGAGGAGGAGUUGGGCUAGACCACCUUCUGAUUUGAUCACUCCUCCUGGCUCUUCAAGAUAUUUGCUCGGUGAUACGCCUUCGUUUGAUUGUGUGUCGUCGGUCUAUGAUCCUGUUUUGGCUUUAACUAAUGUUGAGAAGGAGAAAGCUCAAGUUAUUCAUCAUGAUGAAACCAACCAUUCAUCUAAACCCUCUAGCUCAACUCUUCCAAAGACUGAUUCCUCAGACCAGGUUGUAGAAUUGAGGGUUUCUCUGCACUGCAAAGGUUGUGAAGGAAAGGUUAGGAAACAUCUCUCAAGAAUGCGUGGAGUUAGGUCCUUCAACAUAGACUUUGCGGCAAAGAAGGUUACAGUAGUUGGUGACGUCACUCCUUUGAGCGUAUUGGCAAGCAUAUCAAAGGUGAAGAAUGCACAAUUUUGGCCAGAACAUGCUUCAGUAAUUGGAUCUGCUACCCCAGAAACAAAGAGAACAAAUUUUAUCUAACUAGAGAGGAAGUAGCCUAUUGGUAUUGUUGUACCAUUUUUUCGUGUCACCACUUCAAGGUUCGAACUCGUGAAUUGGGUAGUUAUUUAAUUAGUGUAAAUAUUAGAGUGUAGGUUUGGCUUUGAAGAAAUAUUAGUUUGUUUCGAAGGAACCUUAUUUUUGUACUAGGGUUGGUCUAAUUUCUCUGGAGAAAAUUUACUAUAUGUAAACCGACAUAAGACCUGAUCCUUUAAAAAAUUAUGAACAAAAAUAAUAUUUAGCCA